GUAAGAACAAGGUCUGAAAGCCCCGUUAAGCUGCCUUAACAGUCCACAGCAUUAUGCGAAGAGAAGGAAGUGCAGACGAGCAAAGUUCACUAAAAAGCAAGUUAGAAAACAAGACAAAGACGAUAAUUCUCUCAAACAGGUGUGAUCAGACGUGAUACACGAUGGCUCAAGGCUGCCUCAAGUGUUUAAAGAUCACCAUGUGUGUCGCCAACUUUCUCUGUUUUAUGUGCGGUGCAGCAGUGUUGGGUUUCGGUGUGUACUUGAUGGUGAACUUCAACUUUGCCUCGCUCACUCCAACCCUGGCCCAAUUCAGUAUAGCCAACAUGCUGCUGAUCAGCGGCAUCAUCAUCUCCUGCGUCUCCUUCCUGGGCUUCAUGGGCGCUCUGAAGGAGAACCGCUGUCUCCUCCUCACGUUUUUCCUGCUGCUGUUCCUCCUGAUGCUAGUGGAGCUGGCCGCUGCAUGCCUGCUGCUCAUGCAUGAGAAACAGAUUGGUGAAUUGUUGCAAAAGGAUCUCACAAACGGUUUGGAAAAAGCAAAAGCAAAAAAUUUUAAUUCAACGGAGUUUAGCACUGACUGGGAUCUGCUUCAGAACACGUUCAAAUGCUGUGGAGUCAAAAAUGCAACAGACUGGGGAAACAACGUGCCUAAUUCUUGUAAACCCAAGGAGUACGAAUUAGCGGGUUGUUUGGAUAAACUGCAGACAUUUUUUGAGGAUAACUUCGUCACCACUGGGAUUUCUGUCAUCGUCCUCUGCAUUAUCGAGGUGUUGGGAAUGUGUUUUGCCAUGACGCUCUUCUGCCACAUCAGCAGAUCUGGACUGGGCUACAAGUUAUAGUCCCCAAUUCCUCCUUAUUUCAUACUAGUGAGUGAGAUCAGUUUCAAAUAUUUCUCUUUGGAGGUGUGAGAAGUGAAAGUUUUUCUUUUAACAUGUUUUUAAGUUUUAUGUCUCAACUUUCUACGUUAACAUUCUUCUAUGAACCUUUCACUCACGAUCUUUGUAAUAAUCAAUUUAUACCAAUAAAGUAUUGUUUAGUGUUGUGAUAACUGUGUAUCCUUCCAUCUUAACUUUGUGCACACUGUCAGAUGAUCAGCAUUUCCUGUCUUGCUUGCAGUUUACUGGAUAUGUGGCAGAGCCAGAAAUGUAACCACUUCCUCUUUUGACCGUGUUAUAACCAUAAGUUGGUUCCUCUAAAAACUAACACUUAUGUUAAUCUUUUAGAAGCAGUGAGAAACAUUUACAUCUACUUAACUCUCUAUAUACAGUAAUUAUUGAGAUAUUUAAGAUGUUUCCUUGUCUCUGACUUCUCCCUGGGACUUCAUGGCUGUACAGAGGAACACAAUUUACUAGCCCAUUUCAUUUCUAUUUUUAACAUUGACUUAUAUGGAGUAUUUCACAUUGUACAGAUGACACUGUUUCCUGUAUGUAUUUGUUUGCAAAUGUAUUUCCUAAAACAAUAAAAAACAAA